AGUUUCAGAUGUUUUAACCAUAAAAAGCUUAACAUUAUUGCUGAAUUAUGCCAAAUGGUAGUAAUCAGUUGUGCAACAUUCCAAGCACCAUUGCUGGAUGCAGUAUUUGUGAGAGAGUUGGAAGUGGUACAUUCUCUUCCGUUUUCAAAGCGGUAUCUGCGUCUCCUGACAAUAAUGGUGUGCGCACCACUGUAGCAGUUAAAGUUAUGAGUAUGCAGGCUGCAAAUGCUUCAAAACUCAGCUCUGAUUGUGUCGUUUCGGAAAUAAGGAUCUUAAAAAAUUUAAAACACAGGCAUUCCUUCAUAUUUUUGGUUCAGAUUGAAAAGACUAAUCCAAAGAGAUAAUAGUUUUCCCCCAUUUCUGUUGAAGAAAAGUGAAAUUGUGAGGGUCCAAGGUAGCAAAAAAAGUUGAAUUUACUGUUGAAUAAUGUAUGAAGCAAAACGUUUAGAGAUUCCGAAAUGUUUAUAAAUAUUCAGAAAUAUAGUUCGUUUGUAUGAUUUUCAAUGGGAUCGGAACAAUAUAUAUCUCAUUAUGGAAUACUGUGGUGGUGGCGAUUUGGGUUCGUUCAUCAAACAUUAUGGUUCAGUGCCAGAAGCUGUCACGCGUCGUUUUUUUCGUCAAUUAGCCUCGGCAAUCCAGUAUAUGCGAGCAAUGAAUGUAGCGCAUAUGGACUUGAAACCACAAAAUAUUUUACUUACUAACCAACACAAGCCUUGUGUCAAAGUAUCGGACUUUGGUCUUUCGCAGUACUUGAAGAAGAAUGAACAGGCGUCAUCAUUUCGGGGUUCGCCUCUUUACAUGGCACCUGAAAUUUUUUGCCGAGAACCAUAUGACAGUCGUGUCGACUUGUGGUCAUGCGGUGUUAUUCUGUAUGAAUGUUUAUAUGGCAUACCGCCAUUUACUGCUCACACAUACAGCGAACUCGUGGUACAAAUUUUGUCACAACAGUCCAUAAAUUACCCGACGAAUGUGCACCUCUCGUCUGUUUGUCUUAAUCUUUUACAAGCUCUGCUCGUUCGUAAUCCUCAUGAACGCAUUACGUUUGAACGGCUUUUCACGCAUCCGUUUGUGGAUCUCACGAAAUUGUCUUCAUCCGCUGAGCUGGAUAAAGCUAACAGUUAUGUUAUGAAGUCGCAGCAAGCUGAAUCUGAAGAUAAUCUAGUUGAAGCGAUAAAAUUAUUAUCAAAUGCCGUGCAAACCUACAUUCGUUGUUUGGAAUUAUUCGAUGAGGGUGAAGAGAAAGUGAAAUUUCGCGAAAAAAUUAAAGCAUACCUAGAACAUGCUGAAAACAUGAAGGAACGUCUGCGGCCUGUUAUUAUGGAACUCCCUUUAUCGCAAUCACUUGAUCAGGUAGAAUGGGAUGAUUGGCCUCAGGUCCGUGCUGCUGAGUUAGUAGCACACACGGCAUAUGAUUUGGAGCGUCAGGAACAGUGGAAUGCCGCAUUAUCGAAGUAUACACUAGCAAUUGAAAGUGCAAUGCAUGUUUUAAGCAAUGAAAAUCGUGGAACAGAACGUUCCAUCAAAUUACAACGUAAAGUUUCCAGCUGGUUAUCUGCAGCGGAACGAAUAAAAAAAUAUGUGGAUGUUAUGAAUGACGAUUACGAAAUUUCGAUGAACAGUACUGAUGAAGCCGACAAACAGCUCCACCAAAUUACUGCAAACAAGCAGUGUAUAAUCUCAUAAAGUGUAUGUGAAUAUAAUCUUUGUUUAUAUUUGAACUCUGUGAUAAUCUAAAGAUUUACAAAUAUUCGAAUGAAACGCAUCUGAUUUAUUUUCUCAUUUCCUUAUUAUUACUGCAUGUACACUUAAGCAUACUACUCUGAAUUAUUUCGAAAUGCCAUAAACAUUGCUAUUCUAUAGUCCGAUGGAGAUGCUAUAAACGUUCUAUAGUCCGAUGGAGCUACGCUUAUGAUGAAUUCGAUUUCGAUUUUUUCAGCAUGAUAAUUAAGAUUUUUAGUGCAGUACGUGAUAAUUAUUGAAAAUUUGUCUACAUAAGAACUAUCUAAAAGUAGGAAAUGUCUAUUCUAUGACAAUAUAAUGUUCGAACUUUCCGCGCUUUAAAUGUUAGUAAUCCCCGUCAUAAGAGGACCAUACUGUUCGCUUCAACUUCGAGUUUAAACAUUUUUUAGUAGUUAUAGUAUUUCGGAUGAAUAAAUAAUUUAUUUUCGC